GCAUGUGGUGACAAGUCCAUCUGGGCACGCCUGUUGUCAAAAACAAACAGACCCCCUACAUAGCGAGGGUCAAGGUCAAAGCUGGGACCAUCCCUCCUAAUGAGACCCUCAAAGCUCAGCCAGACGUCUCAGGGGGCUUCAGAGGGACCUGAUGUACGUGGACUAAGGACUCACUGGGCACAUCAUCAAGGCUCUCCAGCAGAGGGCAGUGUGAGACCGAGCUCGUCCUCCAUCAAAUCAGGUCCUCGAACAGUCUGCGCUGUCAGGAUCACGCCUCUGAAAAGCAUGAAGGGCUCUCCUGACCUGAUUCCUGCCACAGAUCUGGACCCCAGCAGAGUGUGCAAAGGGAAAGGAGUCGUGACUCUAAGGGCCACCCUCGUCCACAUAGAUGAUGAGGGCUGCAUCAGUGAAGAGCCAAACGUCGUCACAGCGCCAAGUGGCUGGACAAGCCAGAUUAAUGGAGACAGCUCUAAAGCGGGAUUGGCUGAGGGAGGCAGCAACAUCACAGCUGAUUUAGCUCCUGUAAACAACACUCAGUGCCAGGCCAAUUCACCAGAAAGCAUAAAAGAAAACUGGGCUCCAUCCUCCACUGACAUUCAGAACUGUAUCACGUCGUCCUCUGGCUCUGUCUACCCCUGCACUAGCACCGUUAACCCCACCAUAGUCCUGCUGCAACACAACAGAGAGCAGCAAAAGCAUCUUUCACAUUUGGAAGACCCAACCCCAGAAAGGGACAAACUCCCUGAUCCUGGCAGAGACUCAUUCAGUCCGGUCCCUGAUAUGGACGGGAAGAGGCUGCGACUAUCACUGCACUCCCCUGUCCUCAGUCCUCUCAACAAGCCCAUUGUGCCUGUACGGAACACUGAAAAGUCCAAAGACUGGUAUAAGACAAUGUUCAAACAGAUACACAGAAUACCUGAACCUAUUGAGGAAAACCCUUACCGCCCCACCUACAUUUUCCCUGAGAACAUUGACAUUCAGAUGAAAUCAAAAGAUGAUGCUCCCACCCCACUUGGUUACUUGGAAGAUGUGAGAACGGUCCCACGAUCGAAAAGUGACGCCGAGGUCGAUUCUAGAGGCCGGUCGAUGCCGGUGCCAACACGGUCUUCUUCCCUCAAACCCUCUGCCAAAAGGAACGAGUGGGAGCCCCCGGAUAAAAAGGUAGACACCAGGAAGUACCGCGCCGAGCCCAAGAGCAUCUUUGAAUACGAGCCGGGGAAAUCGUCGGUGCUGAAGCUGGAGAGAACGACUCAGGAUGUAAGUCCGGAAGAUGUAGAUUUAGAGAAUGAGCCUUGGUAUAAAUUCUUUUCAGAGAUGGAGUUUGACAAAGCGAGUGCCCCCUCUUUCAGCCCCCUGGAAACAGCCUCCGACCUGCAACAGUACUCCUCGAGCAAGUCUGGGCACAGCGAGGUGGAGAAGGACAGAGGAUCAUCCGCGAGCGAGCCUGCGGCUCCAGAAUGCGACCGCCAUGUUUACAAGAGUGUCCUGGAGGGUGGCGACAUUCCCUUACAAGGUCUACGGGCCUUAAACAAGCGCCAUGGCAGCUCUUCCUCCUCUAAAGUGGAUUAUAAAGGUGGGAAUGGCUAUAUAAUUUCACCCUGCUCCUCUGUAAAUAGUCGAUCGGUUCUUGCCAGUAAUGCAAUAGGUAACCAGUGUAAGAGUAAGAAGCCUCUUUCUGCUGCCAAAGCCUGCAUACCCCAAAUCCUGCCUUCUAAAUUCAAGCCCAAGCUGCUGCCGCCCAGUGGUGACAGUCAGGAAAGCAGGACUAAAGCUGUCAGGCACCCAAAGGCCCACAGCUGUGAGGAUCUGUACACAAGACCAUGUGACACAGACUUUGCUGGAGCAGAGGAGAGGGAGAGUGGGCAAUAUUCAGACUCUAAGUCCAGCUGUGGCAGCGAGUGUGCGGACGGCCUCAGGAAUGUUUCCCCUGCAAUUAGGAGGAGCACAUCUGAGUUCUCCAGCCUUUACAGGACCAUGCAUCACAUCCAGCGGCCCAGCUCAGCCGGCUGCAGCCCCCACGGCAGCGUCCGGAGCUUGGCCUCCCUUUUUGAGAAGGCAAAGGCAGAUGGGGGUGAAAGGUCAGAGGCAGAUGACGAGGGUAACAUUCCACGGGAUGCGGUGUCGUCACGGGUCAGCGAGUUUGAAAUGAUCAUCCAGCGGUCCAGCUCGGCACCCAGCCGCUCCUCCUCCCUGCCCACCCUGCACUCCAGCCACAGUCAUAGCCAAGACCACACGUCCGCCCACCUCUACAUGGCGUCUGCGGUGUCAGCGGAGUCCCUUUUGGUAGCCAACGCAAACCAGAUGGAUACCUGCUCUCCCGUGGAAGCAGAGAGCAAGAGCUCUGGAGAGGAGGCCUUGUCACCAAGCAGUGUGACAGUGGAGGAGGCUGCUUCCUCCUCAGAGGACGGACACAACAUCAGGACUGAGUCCCCCUCUAACACUGAGGCCGAGGUUGAGCAGAUCUUCAGUAAAAGUUCCCCUGAACUGAUCCAACAAAACGUCAGCGCAUCAAAGAGUCCCAUAGCACUGUUUACAGCAUCCCCUCCGCAACACAACCAUCUCCACCACCACCUCCUGCACCACCUGAACCAUCAGCUACUCCACAAACCCAGCAAAUGCAAAGGCUCCUGCCCGGCCUCCUACACACGCUUCACCACCAUCCUCAGACACGAGAGACAGCAGGCCACGACCCAACAAGAGAGGCCGCCACCUCAGGAGAAGAAGACCACACUGCCAGGAAACCUUUUCCUCAUGGGCCCUGCUCCCUUCAGGCCACGUAAAAACCUGCACUCCAACCAGACCCGGAGAACUGUUUUAGCCACCAAGGUGACAAUGGGCAGCCAGAGGCCCUGCAGCGUGUCCCCUGAGCUCAGACCUCUGAUCCCUCAGCGCCUGUCCUCCCUGGAGGUGUUGGAGAGGCUGAGUAACGGAGAAGGAGGCAACACUGACCACCUGAGUAAUGGGCAGGGCUUGGACGCCAAUGGGAACCUACUGCAGCCGCUGGCAGCUCACCGCAGAGACUCGUCCCCAGCUCACGGGGAGAGCCAGGAUGAAGUCUUGCGGAGGCGUCAUGGAGACAAAGAGAAAAUUUUGGAGGAGCAGCGGCGGCUGAAGCGGGAACAGGAAGAGGCUGACACAGCGUCGAGGAGACACACAGGCAUUGUCCCGACGCACCACCAGUUCAUCACCAACGAGCGCUUCGGAGACCUGCUCAACAUCACAGAUAACACAGAGAAAAGGAAAUCAGGCAUCGAGAAAACUCCAGCCAUGGCUCGCUUUGACUUCAGAGCAGAAACUCUAAAGGAAUUACCGUUUCAGAAAGGAGACAUUGUGUACAUCAUUCGACAGGUGGAUCAAAACUGGUAUGAAGGGGAACAUCAUGGAAGAGUUGGUAUUUUCCCCCGAAGUUACGUUGAGCUCCUUCCCCCCACAGAGAAAGCCCAGCCAAAGAAAAGUGCCCCAGUACAGGUCCUGGAAUAUGGAGAGGCUGUCGCCCGCUUCAACUUCGCCGGAGACACAGUGGUGGAAAUGUCCUUCAGAAAGGGAGAGAGGAUCACGCUAAUUCGUAGAGUUGAUGAGAACUGGUAUGAAGGCAAAAUCGCAGGCACCAACCGCCAAGGCAUCUUCCCCGUCACCUACGUAGAAGUGCACAAAAGACCCCGUGUCAAAAACGGAGUGGAGUAUCCCGACCCACCUGUCAGCCAGUCUCCACAGCGCAGCACCAAUGCUUCUCCUCAGCUGUAUCGUAACCGCCUGACCACCUCCCCCCUACCCCUCCCUCGCUCCCCCCGCCGCUCCGUGUCCCCUGAGGUCCACGCUGUCUCCUCUGAGUGGAUCUCCCUGACUGUGGGAGGAGGGAGCCCUCCUGCCGCCCCCACCCCUCCCUUGCCGCCGUUGCCCACCGUGUCCUACCGCUGCGGCGAGUACCUGCCCCCACCUUUCUCUGCCAGCCCUGUGCCUCCCAUCACCGGCAGCCCAUACUGCAUCUCCCCCAUGGCCUCCCCAUCUGCCUCCCCUCUGCCCCCGCCGUACCCGCCCAGACCCAACUCCACCACUCCCUUCCUCACAUUCACCCCACCUCAGGGGGAGGACUUCCUGCUCUCCCCUCCCUCUGCACGUCUGUCACGCAGCGUGAGCCCCUGUGGUGGGCCGGUGCUGGAGGGCUGGCUGAGGGGGGAAAAGGAGUUGACGGAGGGGGAAGGCACAGAGGGGGACAGGGGCCGCGCAGCCCCGGGCAGCAGGCAAAAUAGCCCUGCAGAGUUUGUGAAGAAUGAGGCUGACCAUCAUGGACGAAGCUCCAGAAGCCCUGUGUUGCUGUUCGACAUCCAGGAUAACAACAACGUUAACUCAUUUGCGGAGGCAGUGUGUAAUGAGAUCUUGAAUAUAGCUGAGACCUCGGUGAGGUACUGCAGCACCCUGUCCCACCACCCCCAUGACUCUAUCCACAGACUGCACCCCCACCCCAGUAAACAAUCUCUCAUCAUUUCCCAGCAACCCCAGUCCCACAGCAGCAGCCCGGAGCCGAGUCGUCUUAACUGUGGAAUUUUCCAGGCUUUGUACAGUUACGUGCCGCAGAACGACGACGAGCUGGAGCUGCAGGAGGGAGAUCUCGUCAGCGUCAUGGAGAAGUGUGACGACGGCUGGUUUGUCGGAACCUCAAAGAGGACAAAACAGUUUGGGACUUUCCCCGGGAAUUACGUGAAGGAGGUGAAACUGUAAAGAUAUCUAAUCUGGCUGUAACACAUGGUUGCCUGUCAAGCUUGGGAAGUCAUUACUAUCGCGCAUGGCUGUUGGUUAGAAUAGUCAUUUAGCCAGGCGAAUCUGUUUUGUCUGGGGAAAGUGAACGGCUUGGUUGAGGUAUGUCAAACUGCACGAGGCGAAGACAGAGACAGCUCACUGCCCCAAACCUCAGUAUGGUGUACACCUUGAUCACAUUUUACACACUUCUUGACGGAAUACGUCCAUCUCCACCCGUGGAAUUUCUCUGUGAAAACCUACCCCCCCCAACCCCACCUCCAAAAUAGCUUUUAUUGUACAGAUAAUAGCUUCCAUUUUGUCCAUGUAAUUUUACAGUGCACAAGUGUUUAUGUAGCACCUCAGUCUGGAGGCCGGCAGCAGAGCAGUGUUUAUGGAUCAAAGAGAGGAUCUUAGUACCUGAACUGGACUUUGGAGGGGUCAGAAUGUAUUUUUUGUGUGAUGUGGGGUUGGAGCUGUUUGUCAUGAGCUGCCUUUCAGGACCAGAGGUGUUUAACAUGAUUAGCUAAGUAUGAUGCUUACUGUGCAUCACAUGGAUAAAAUAUAAAAAUCACCUCCUUUUGAUUUAACUUCUAUAAAGAAAACCUUCAGUGUUUGGGUCAACUUAUCACACGUUAGGAGUUUAAUGUGGUGAUUCACUCCUGGACUCAUUCUUAUCCACAAUUUUCAAUUUUCCUGAGUUUAGAUUUCUGAAAAUGACGUCAAUUCAGUGCCCUCUGGAGUUUAAACACUAAUCCUUAUGUACCUGUUUUGCUUUCUUUUACAUUUAACUUUUUGAAUCACCGUGAAGUCUGUAUUUGCCACUUUUCAAGAACAUCACAGCAUUCAAAACCCAGUGUAACCCAAAAGCUUUAGAUACCGGUUCAGUAUUGCCUUCAUUUUCUAUCCAAAGGUUGUUAUACAACAGUUAUUACAGUCAUGUGCAUGACUAGAAACACUGAAAUGUUGACGUGUGCUGUUAGCUUCUCUUUUUCUCAGUAACCACAUCAAGCACACAUGCCGAACCCGUGGACUGUGUUGCAUGUCUCACGAAAAUUAAGAGAAUGUGUAUAUGCACAUCCUAUAUUUUUCAAAAUCUAUUUAUUUGUCCUUUUAUACCUCCUCUGUUGAAAAGUAAACUGUGUUUGCUGAUGGCUGAUGCCUGUAAGGUAGCUGGUGGUAGACGCCUGGCUCCAGCUCAGCCACAGAACAGGCGUGGUAGCACUUAACUUCCUGUUUGGUCAUUUAGGGUGCAUCCCACCUAACAAGAUGACAGAAGAUUAAUCAGUGAUGACACAAACAGCUAUUUAAUGUUUUAAAUGAAAGCCAGCGAGGUGUCUUAGAAGAUAAUCGUACUGAUUUUUAAAAGCAUAAUGAGAUUUUAAUCAUGCCCUUACUGACAAGAUUGUAUGUUUUAGCCAUGUAAAUGUGUACAGAAAACUUUAAGAGGCCUUCCAAAUAUGGCUACAUAUUUUCAUAUGUAAUGACUGCAACUUGGGUAAUACAGUUAGUGGAAUGAUGCAGAUAAUAAGGUCAGCAUUAGGACAGCAUGCACUGUAAAAUCAAUAAGACAUUGACAAAUGCAAUCGGAGCAUGAAACGCUAUCAGCUAACGCCUCUAUAUUUGCACUGAGCUUGAGGAAAAAAGUAGUGAUGACAGGGUUGACACUCUUCGCUCUCUGAGCAUCACUAGCACCCCGAUGGAAGAGAUUGGUUUGAAUUGUGCUGUCAAAGCAUCAGAACCAUCUUCCUGCAGAGUACAGAGCUCCCUCAUCUCCAGCACCAUCAGAUCAUGUGUAACACACCCUGUCAGAAGAGGCCCUCCACAUGCACGGAUAAUAGCUAUUGUUUUUAUUUGCUUGUGUUUUCAUCAGAUUCCUCGUUGUCAUACACGCAGAUAGCUCUUAGUGCUUGUUAUGACCUGCUUGGAGCAGCAGAUGGGUGUAGUUUGCAAAGUAUUUUAAAGCCUGUUUAGUUUCUAAGAGGAAGGCUGGUGUAGUGAGAUGUCCAAAGCUCCAUGUAGCUGAAGUCAGAUCCUCGUCCCAGUCCACACAUUUCCAGUCAAAUGGUUCCAGACUAUCAGUGAUCCUGCCUUUUAGUGUAGCUCUUUAUGAUCUCCUGAGUGCACACAAUCUGAAAUAUAAAGUAUCACUAUAUCUAAAAGCAUAUCUUUACUAUACCUUUGUUUUUUUUUUUGCAUCUGAAUGUGCAACAGUUGUGCUUUGAUGAUAAUACAAUGACCUGAUUGGUACAUGGUCUGAAGCUGUAUGUGGCUAACACACAGUAAUAUAUGAAGUUUGAUAGUUGUUCACGUACAUUAACUUAAUGAAAUUCAGUAGCAAUCAGUGUUUCAUCCGUUCUGAUGUUUGCUGUUCAGACAAAAUCAGAUGUUCCUUCCUGUGCAUGUCAUCACUGACAAUUUUGCCAACGUCAGAGUAUUGUCUCAGCAAGAUAAACCACAUAAUACAAGCCACUGCACUGUGGGUUUGCCAGUGUAACGCUGAUAUAAUGUUCAGGUAUUUUGUUACACCACAAAAGCAUUUUUUUCUUUCCACUGCUGGCUAAACAUUUUUCUUCCUGUGUAACUCCAGCUCCUCAUGACUGUGCUGAUAGGUUGGGAGUCUGUUGACCUGUAGGCUCGUUCAAAAUAGUUUGCCUGACAGAACAAGAAGAAGAGAGGUUUGUUCUGUCUCAAACACACUAGACUGUAAGUUGGACUCAUUGGCGAAUGAACAAUCGCUCAUUCAGUCGCAACGCACCUCACUAUAGAUUGUUUCUGUGAGACUGUGUUCCAUAAAACAUCACAGGAUGUAUGAAUGUAUGAAUAUAUGAAUGUGGCGCAGACAGUGUACACAUAAUUUGUAAAAAACAAAAAAAACAAAAACAAAAACAAAAAAAAGCGUCUGACUUUUCAUCUUGAAUGAACAUGCA